CAACAAGUGGGGAGUAACACGCAUAGGGAGUUUUCCUACCUAUCUCACACAUCAGUCACCCUACUUACUGUGAAGCCACAGUGUUAUUUAUGCUCAGUCUUAAAUGGCUGCUAUAAUUGUUCUGUUGCUUCUUCCAGUGGCCCUGGGUUCAAGUGAUGAGUUGCAGGUGAAGCAGCCAUUGUGGCAAGACAUCAGUCCCAAUGGCGUCGUCAAUAUUCCAUGUUACUGCAGUGGGAAGGACAGGGUGGAUGAGGAGCUGGAGAUAAAGCUGAUGAAGAAAAAUGACCACCAUUGGAGCUGCUCAGUCAAUAAUAAGACAUCCCCACACUGCUCGGUGCAGAAGGAGGGCAGCAGGCUCACUAUGUUCACCCUGUCACACCAGAUGCCCGACGACGUGUACAUCUGUCAGUGCACUAGGUUGCUCCCUCUUCCUGUCAUCAAGCAAAAUGGCACUGGAACCCUACUCAUCCCAGAGAUACAAUGUCCCAUCUUAAACUUCUGGACAUGGACUCUGAUUGGAGUGGCAGGAUUCUUCUGUCUUUGCAGCCUUUUUCUAGCAUGUGCCUACAUAAAGUUGAGGGUCUUGCAGUCUGAAGAGACAGAUGAUUCACUAACCUAUGUACAGAUGCAGAGGAAGAGGCGGGACCCAGACACUAACGCUGAGUAUGUCGACAUGCGGGAAGUGCACUCAGUUGGCAGAGGCUCUGGAAGAGACAUGAAUCACAACUCCCAGCAGUUUCACUCUAUGUCAUACCCAAGCAAGUGAGCGCUUCACAUAAUUGCAUUCCUUAUCAAGCACAUUUUGCUGUAUAAGCAGCUGCUGAAGAGCAAUGACUGAUUAUUGGAAUAGGAAUGUAUGAUCUAUGAUCACUGUAAAUAAGCUUUCCUGUUUAUUUUAAUAUUCUUAACCUGUAUGUUAAGGCAAUACUGUCAUAUGCACAUAUAUAAAUAUAUAUAUAUAAGGAUAUCAUUUCCAGAGCCACAAUGAAGUAAAAUAAAACGUCUUCUAAAACUUAGGCUUUGAAUGUCUACAUACGGUACCUAUGAAGGACACAGUAGCAAGAAAUUCCUUGCUGUGGAAGCUGAUACACAGACAUUGCUAUUGGCCCAAAUCACAUUUAGCAAAUAUAUCAGCAGAAAAUAGAAAGUAGUGAUGUACUGUAUCUAUAGAAAUAAAACUGUGAGUGUCAUUUCAUGGAA